AUGCGCUCAAGCCGAUAUGGCAGACCAGGGACUUUCUGGGCUGUCAACGAGAUUGUCGAGGACAUUUCCGGCUGGUUCAUCUUCCUGUGCAAGCUGUGCUGUGUCUCAUUGGACGACCACGUCAAGUUCAUUUCAUCAUCCGACUUAUUCAUCGACCGGAUAUUGCAGAAUCCGUCGCUCGCAGGUGUGCACCCAGUGAAAGAUGCUCAGAGCAUAUUUAAGGUUCAUGACCAUCAUCGGACAAGCUCCAACCUGGCCUACUUCUCUGAAACCUAUGUCCGCCGCAUUUCCCAGCGUCUAGGACAUGACAAACUACUUGAAUUGAUUAGGACGAUGUCGAACAUAGUCAAUGCAAAGCUCAGUCGGGCCAAACAGGACAGUACUCCCUUAUUCGGACCUGCGCGUUCGGCUUCCUCGGGAAUUGAGAUUUCAGGGGCCAAGCUUAGGUCCUAUGUUGAAGCUUACUUUGAGCAUGUGCACCCUCUGUACCCUUUUCUGGACAGGCCCAAAUUCGAGGCCAGUGUAAUGGAUGUUCAGACAAGGGACAAAAGCUCAGCAUUCCGUGCGCUUUAUCAUUCUGUUCUGGCACUAGGCUGCCAAUAUGUGGUUGCGGACUGCUCUUUCACGCCAGGCAAAGGCGAAGCUUGGAGUUAUUUCAAUGUUGCAUUAAGCCUGCUUCCAGACGUCUUGUUACCCCCCGGGGCCCUGGUCAACCUACAGGCAAUCACUGCUAUGGCAAUUUUCGGUUCCAAUGCAGCAUCAAUGUCAAUAAGCGAGUUUCUGACGAUGGAAGCUGCAAGAAUGGCUCAGGCAUUGGGCUAUCACCGUCCCGUCAUGAACUCGAAAGAGGAUGAGACAACCUGCUACAGAGUAUUUUGGGUGGUAUACAUCCUCGAGAAGUGUGCCACAUUCAUGACCGGCAAAAGUUCUACAAUUGCCGACCACGAAGUUGGUUGUCCCAUCAUCCCAACGGUGGAGGAGCAUCUAACAGUCGACUUCGAGAUGUUCAUCUCCCUUCUGCGGCUGGGCCGGUUGCUCUCACGGGUUCACGAAAGACUGUUUUCUGUUUCCGCAACUUUGAACUCGGUUGAACAGUAUCAGACCAACAUUGACAGCCUGAAGUCAGAACUCGAGGCAUGGAGAUGCUCCAUGCCAGUGGGCUUGAGGCCCGGCCUGCCGAUCAGUAAGAAGGAGCUGAUGGAGAGCGCGAGAACAGUUGUCCGUCUCACUAUCUGCAUUGACAUACGUCCAUACACGCCGAUAUGGAUAUUGGCCUCUCUGCCGCUUUCGGCAAUGUUUGUUCUCUUCGACAUGGUCAUUCACAGACCUUCUCACCAAGAGACGGAGACCAACCUCGCCUUACUAGAUACCGUGGCUGGAUAUUUCAGUCGGUUUGACUACGCUACAACGAGCUCAGUGCCUUGCAGUCUUUUCUCCGGCUUUGCUCACAUCGCCAAUCAGUUUGUGCGCGAGCAGUGGCAUAAUACCGCUCCGGCAGCACUUGAUGCCGAAGUGCAGAACAGAACAUCGGGGUCGCAAAGCAGAUACUUCGCUUACGGAGCUGAAGAUACAGAAAGUGGCGAGGAACUGUUCUCACAGGGACCCGAAGCUACAACUGAAACACCCUCGUACUCGCUGCUAGGCGAUGAUGCAACAUUUGAUGCCCAGCUUUUUGCUGGUUUCGACUUCACAAAUGUAUUCGAAGUCAAUAUACCUGGCUUUGGAAGAUUCUAA